AUGCUGAGACCACAGCUUUCGAUGACGACAUUCACACGGAACGUAUGCUUUGGCGCCAACCUGCCUCGGGAAAGGAGCGAGUCCAGAGGGGGAGGCCAUGGCAUCUUCCCUUUUCAAUAUGGUCCUUAUGGAGAUGAAAUCGAUGCCUCGCAUGACACAUUUAGUCUGGAAAAGACUACACCAGGAGUUCGAAACAUCGGCGACAUUAGGCAGACCGAUUUCAGAACGAAUCGUGGCCAGCCAAAUGCUUUCACAAGUUCAGAAUCUCUGAUGAAAAUACACUUGUCAAUCCCUCAUCACUCUAUACUCAAGCUUGCGGGAGUAGAUCCCACGAAUCCAGAUAGGGACGCAGCCCUCGAGAUCCUCGACGACGAGCUGGGAAGCAGCGUUUCCGACGUCAUGAGGUUGGCCAAAUUUCUGCAAUUACGCAAAGUACCAUCUAGUUGGCUUCCUAGAGGAGCUGAGAAACUGGCCAAAGUCGUCAAUGCGCUUCGCGUUGGAGAAAUGGAGCCAUUGAUGCGUGACCAUCUUGAGACGAGGGGAUACGCAGUGGGCAUUGAUCCCGAACCACCUUUAUCGCGAGGUCGUAAGCGUCGUCUAGAUUCGGAGUGA